CGGGGGGGAAUUUCCAUGCGGGUGGCAGGAUUUCCAUGCAGGCAGCAGGAUUUCCAUGUGGAGGCUGGAUCCGGGUUUGGGUCCCCCUGGGUGAUGAAGAGGAGCAGGAUGCACUGGUGGCUUGUCACCAUCCUGGGGGUGCUGAGCGGACCUGCCCCGGGCGCCGGGAGCUGCAGCGCCCCGGAGCAGGGCACAGCGGGAUGCCCGCCCGGAGAGGAGCCCAGCGGGGAUGCAGCGGGGACGUGCCGAGCCUGUCCCCCCGGCACCUUCUCGCUGGGGGACGCGUCCUGCGCCGCUCACACGCCGUGCCGCGCCGGGAACAGGGUCCUGGUGGCAGCGGGGACGGCGGCCAGCGACAGCCGCUGCGGAGCCUGCCUGCCGGGGUUUCACAGCCCCGGAGGGCAGAGGGAGCCCCGGGGCCGGUGCCUGCCCUGCGCCGCUGCUCCCCGCAGCACCCCGGGGUGCCCAGGCCGGCGGCGAGCCCGCAGCCCCGAAACGCCGGGCCGGGCACCGGGAACCAACGGGACACGCGUGGCCCUGCUGGGUGAGGAAGAGGAGGAGGAGGCAGCAGCAGCGCAGGCAGCCGUGCUGACCAUCGUCCCGGUCUUCUGUGCCAUGGGCUUGUUGGGAAUCCUGGUCUGCAACCUGCUGAAGAAGAAGGGUUAUCACUGCACCGCCAGCAAGGAGCCCCAGCCCGGCGGCACCGGUGCCAGCUCCAUCUACCAGCUGGAGGAUGCCAACGAGGACACCAUCGGGGUGCUGGUGCGGCUGAUCACCGAGAAGAAAGAAAAUGCAGCGGCGCUGGAGGAGCUGCUGAAGGAGCACCAGAGGCAGCAGCUGAUGCCACCGAGCUAUGCCCCCCUCAAUAAGCUGCACCUCCUGCCUCAGUUUCCCCCCGCCUGCCACCACCAGCAGCACCUGCACACGGUGCAGGGACCAGCCCCGUGUGCCCGCUGCAGCCAGAAGUGGCCCGAGGUGCUGCCAUCGCUCGGAGCCGCCAAAGUCCCCAAACCUGGAGCUCAUCCCAGCGAGGUGACCAUCCUGUCCAUUGGCAGGUUUCGGGUGUCCCGGAUCCCUGAGGUGAGGAGCGAGGCCGGGGGGGAGCCCCUCCGUGGUCCCCUCCCUGCUGGCAGCGGGAUGUGAGCCCGUGAUGGAACAGCACCAAGGGCCCCCACGAGCAGGCACCUGGCCUGGGGGCUGCCUCGGGGGUCAGUGACACCCACAAAGACCCCAUGGAGGGGGUGGAGGACACUGGGCAUUGUGUGAAAGCCAGUCCCGCUCAGAGCCGAAAAGUGCUGGAGGUGGCAGCUCAGCUUCUGCUCCUGCCACCAAGGUGUCCAAGAGCAGCACAGCAAAUCCAGCAUCUCACUGGGCUGGUGAGAAGGAUUCUCUGUCCCUGAGGCCUGAUGGUGGCCACGGCGUGGUGGCCUCAUAGAAGGUAACUCCAGGAGCUGCGAUGCCGGUGGUGGUGGCCACAGGAAUCAUCAUCUCUGGGAACCGUGAUGCCACAACACAGCCCCACUGGAAGCACGGAGGACACUGGAUGCCAUGUCAUGGUCACCCUCUGGGUCUGUUGAACUCUCCAGGACCAUCAUGAACUCCUGAUUUCCCUCCAUCACCUGGUGCCAGCGCUCAGCAUCGCAGGAUAAUGAAUCACUGGAUCACGAAGUGACUCCCCCCUUCCCAACAGCCCAGCUGGGGCAUGGAUUGCUCUGGGCAAAGCUGCUCUCCUGCACCCAUCCACCCACCCAUCCAUCCAAAGUCUCAGUUCAGGAGCACAUGGUGGUGAUGCUCACCAUGCAGAUGACACAUUUCACUUUCCAUAGGAAUUGCUUCUAUGGGAUCACGCUGGCUUGGCUGUGUUGGGAUCACUGCGAUAACCCACCCAAGGCUGGGUUGGAGACCAUCAGCCUCAACCAUCAACCCAAAAAAGGGUUUAUGGCUGGUCCCAUUCACCUCCCCAUGACAUCACUGUGCCAAAAAACCAACCACCAAACCCUCUCGGGCUCUUUUAUUUAUUUAUUUAAUUUUUUUGGAAACAUUUUAAUAGUUAUCGAAUGUUCUACAUCUUACAGUAAAUAUCGUACAGUUACAAACUCUUGGCUGAAAUCUGUCAGGGAGAUCACGACCUGAUCUUCAGAACCAAAACCAGAACAGAAAACAAACGGGAAAACAACCCCAAAUUUACACUUCAGAUGGACAAACUGAGGCUGUGGGGCUCUCCAGGGCAUCAGUCCAAGGCCAUGUUCCCUACACACCUGUGAGAUGUAGACUUGGAAGACGUGGUUACUCUUGGGUUUAAAUUUUCUUUUGUUGCUGUUCUUUCAGGGAAUUGUUUUUUUGGUAUUUGUUUUUAUUUAAGAGGUCCAAUAAUACUUAAAA